AGUUAUCUUUGGUAGCCAUUUUGUUAGCCAUAUUGUCGCUGUGGAAGAACGAAAAUACAUACAAAGGGUGCAUGUUCGGGAUAACAAAAUACAAUAUAGAUAAAACUAUAAAGAGGAAAUCCAAAAAUUAAUAGAAAAUGGUUGAUCAAAUUGAAAUGGCUUUAGAUGAUAUUAUCAAAGCAAAUAGAAAAGGCAGAGGUGGCGGAGGAGCUGGACGGAAAUUUGCUGUGAACAGAAAAUCAGGACGAGGUGGAAGUGGAGGUGUCGGAGGUGGUGCUUUUCGUAAUGGCCGUUCAUCUGGCGUGUUACGCGGAAGAAAUCGGGGCGGUGUUUCCAAGGCAUCGAAUUAUACAAGGGACAACACAUUUCAGGGUGAUGUUAACAGCACUUGGAAACAUGACAUGUUCAAUGACUUUGCUGAAAAGAAGAUUCAAAGAGGUGGUGCUGUUUCAUUAGGCCCCACUAAGCUAUUAGUAUCAAAUUUGGACUUUGGGGUCUCAGACUCCGAUAUUCGAGUACUAUUUUCAGAAUGUGGCAUUUUGAAGAGUGCCGCAGUCCAUUAUGACCGUUCCGGAAGAUCUUUAGGUACAGCAGAUGUAGUGUUUGAGAGAAAAACAGAUGCUCUCAAGGCAAUGAAACAAUAUAAUGGUGUUCCACUAGAUGGGCGUGCCAUGAACAUACAACUAGCCACAUCAGAGAUCAACAACUUCAGAAAUGAAAACAGACCCCGAGGUGGAGGAGGCAGUGGAGGCAGUGGGACCAAUGGACCUGUCAGGAGGAACUCUAACAGAGGUGGCAUUACAAACAGAAAUCAGGGAAGUGGAGCUGGAGGUCGCGGUGGAGGACGUCGCGGACGUGGUGGCGCAGGACGUGGAAGACGUCCUGUACCCACUGCAGAACAACUAGACGCUGAACUCGAUGCUUAUGUCAAGGAAAUAAAGUGAAAUUAGUUUAACAUUGUGUGUAGUGCUGUGGACACUUUUCUACAAAAAAAAUGAUGAACCAAAUACUUGGUUGAAUAUAGAAUAACAGUUACUGAUAUUAAUGACACCCAUUUAAACUGUGGUUAAAAACAUAAGAAGCAUAAAAUAAAUAAGAAUUUUGAUGAUA